AGUGUCGCAGAUGAUUCUUACCAAUGGCAUGGUUCCAGGUUAUGGAAGACAUUGGCGGUGAAGUAGCCACGUUGUUACAGAUCAAUUGUUUUAGGUCAUAUUCGACCGAGCGUGUGUUUUCGUCGACCGCGAAGGUGAAGGUUACGGCAAGGGGAACUGCCGCUGUAGUGAAUAUGACUUGGACAGAAUAUAAAAGACAGCAGUUCACCACUUCGCAUGAGGGCACCACGCGGCUGGAUGCGCAGAUCGGUUGCGCGGUAGAUGGUGGUACCAUUGUAACGGAUGAGAAUUACUGGCAGGCUAAAUACAGCCCAUUGGUCAAGUUUAUGUUUCUAAACGGAGUGAGGGAGACCUGGGUGGGAAAACUUUUCACUGUAACUGAGAAAGAGUGCGUAAAGGUCAAUAGCACUUUUUUCUUAAGUAACAAGGAAACCAAUGUGAAGACGAUGCAAACAUGUGCUAUACAAUGCUCAGAAUACAACUACUUCGCUUUCCAACAUUCAAAAUGCUACUGUUUGGAUGGCAGCCAUGGGGUCCCUACCUUGCCGAGACAUUGUACAUACCUUUGUCCUGGCAGCCCUGGGAAAAAAUGUGGAGGGCCGAGCACUCUUACGGUCUACAGUUCAGAUGCAGCCACUACCUGUCCGCUCCUAGGAUAUGAUUCCAAUGGUUAUUUGACCUCCACAAAUGCCAACUGCUCAACGACACAAAGAUACAUUUGUCAAAAAGAAUUAUGUGGGCAAACGUAUGUAGACUACUAUGGUUCCUUUAGUUUUACGAAGUCAGGUAAGAACGAAUGUAACUGGACAAUCAGUGUGGCGUCUCACGUGUCUGUGAACGUGAGUGUUGUCAUGGGCACUUCUCUCGAAAGCUGUCGCAAUCACAAUCUUAGUAUCUUUACUCCAACCGCUUUGAUCGCUGAUUCAAGGCAGUCGCUAUGUAAGACUGGAAAUAUCAAAAUCUCCGGGCUGGGUCCAGUCUUCAUCCACUUAACGACAGAUAGCACAACAUCAACCACAGUGGUAUACGUCCGAUGGUAUACAAAUACUACAAGCAACAGUACGCUAACAACUGAAAAUGGAGAUGUUUAUACAAGUAAGUCACCGAAACAUAUCGAUACGACGGCAGACGUCAGUAAGUCACCGAAACAUAUCGAUACGACGGCAGACGUUAGCAAAUCAACGAUAUUUAUCAAUUCGACGGAAGACGCGGGCGAGGAUGAGCAGGAUGAGCAAUCCGAUGAAAACAAGAUUGCUUUGUAUGUCCCGGUCACUAUUACUUUGUGCGUUAUUGUUGCCGUCGCCAUCUUCAUAGCGAUAUGCCUAAGGCGAAAACGUAAACAGAAGAAAGCCAAAGGAAAGGUUGACGAACACAGUUAUUCAAACACAACAACUGAACAUCAAGCCAUUAACUCGUUACAAAGCCAUACUGAACGUGAACUGGGGGAAUAUACAGCGCUUUAUAAACCACAAGGAUCUGUGGCUAACGCGAAAAGCCUAGACUAAGCCGUCCUACACCAGCAGCUAGAGCCAGCCCACUCGCCCGACGACACAGAGUACUCGGAAGUGAAUCCUUAUGUGAACGGUUAAAAGAAACGGUAGAGAUAGGCACUGAAUCCGGUGUGGGAAAAAGACAAACCAAGUCAUGUUAACUUUUUGUUUUGGUGACAACAACAUUCAUCUUGUAGCUUUGUCUGUAUAGAAACAGUAUAUAUAAAACUAUACUUCCAAAAUUUGAAUACUUCGCCUGUCGGUAUAAUUGAACUAGAUAUUAUAUACAAACUUAAAUGUAAAAGAGGCUACUAUGACCUUGUGUUUAAAAUUAUUAGGCGUCAUACAUUAUUCAUGUUCAAUAGUCCUACUAAGUCUGAUGACCUUAGUAUCAAGAGGUUUAAUAGAAUGAGUGGAAAUCUUUUUGAGGACUCUAUAACAAGUUUUAUUCACAAGUAUAUGAUUGGAAACGAAAGUUUCAAGACGAUGACAAGGACAGCGUCGUAAAAAGUGAUCCCUGUGUGUGUGUGUUUAAGAAAGAAAGAAAUAAUGGUUUUACAUAAUGUACAUAAACCUCCUUAAAGAAAUGCAUUGAUGCAUUUAUUUCCACCUUAACGUGUACCUUUUUAUAUUGGACUUAUUUGAUAUAAUGCAUCGUUUUGAGUUUCAUUGUAAAACUGAGCACAUUCGGGGUUUCUUGUUUUAGUUAGUUUAUUCACUUAUAUAUAUGCCGAAUAAAACACAAUAAUCACUCA